UUUUAUGUAAACCAACAUGGCGGCCGCCUGUAGCAGGACCCUCUGUAAGGUCGGUUGGAGUAUUUUGGAGUCUCCACCAGCACGCCGGCCCGGUAUCAUCUCCUCCUACCUGUUGGGGAAUGUGAGCACACUUGGGGCCAGGAGGGCAUUUGGUACCGGCGGGACCGGGUACCGCUCCAAGCUGCUGUCCUCUCUGCGGACAGGGAGAGCUGGAGGCGGCGGCAGGGUGCUGGGCUGUGCCGUGCUGGUCGGUGCCGGGCUGGGUUUAUACCACACUGGGAAGUUCAGGUUGCUGGCCGAGGAGGAGACCAAAGUCUCAGGAGGAGGUCUGAAGUUGAUCCUGUACCAGUACAAGACCUGCCCGUUCUGCAGCAAAGUGCGAGCCUUCCUGGACUACCAUGGGCUGCCGUACGAGAUUGUGGAGGUGAACCCGGUGAUGAGGAAGGAGAUCAAGUGGUCAGACUACAGAAAAGUGCCCAUCCUGAUGGUGGACGGCGAAGUGCAACUGAAUGACUCAACUGUCAUUAUCAGCUCCCUCAGGACUCAUUUAAUCAACAAGGAGAGAAGCAUGAUGGAGAUCCUGCAGUGCUACCCAGCGAUGAAGUCUGUGAACGACCGUGGGAAGGAGGUGACGGAGUACAACAACAAGUACUGGGUGAUGCUGACUGAGGCCGAGAGCCUGGAGCUGUACUCCGACAAGGGGAUGCAGAAAGAGGAGAUUAAGUGGCGUAAGUGGGCUGAUGAAUGGCUUGUGCAUCUUAUAUCUCCCAACGUGUACCGGACCACCGGAGAGGCCAUGGCCUCUUUCGACUACAUUGUGCGCGAGGGCAAGUUUAGCACCAUGGAAGGUUUCUUUGCCAAAUAUGUUGGUGCUGCGGCCAUGUACAUCAUCGCAAAAAGGCUGAAAAGUCGACACAACCUGCAGGAUGACGUCAGGGAGGAUCUGUACAAGGCCGUCAACGACUGGGUGGCAGCCAUCGGCAAGAAGAGGAAGUUCAUGGGCGGAGAUCAGCCCAACCUCGCAGACCUAGCGGUGUUCGGCAUCCUCAGAGUGAUGGAGGGCCUGGAGGCGUUUGACGACAUGAUGAAGAACUCCAAGGUCAAACCCUGGUACAGAAGGAUGGAGAGAGCCUCACUCAACCACGAAGGCCGCACCUGAGUGGAACAUGGAGCCUCAGAGACUGAACAGUAAACCUUCCAGGGAGACGGGCAGCAGCAAGACGGCCUGCUUUUACUAUGAAAACGGUUAGAGAUCCUGCUGGACUCACAAUAAUUUAAACCUAGCCGCAGACAUAGAUGUAGAUACAGAGAUAACAUACAUGAAACUUCUGUCGGGCGACAUCUAAUUCUACAAUUUAAUUUCCAAGCUGCUUUAUGGAGAAACAUUCAAAUCAGCUGUUAAAUGACAUUUUACUGACACCUGCAGGUGAGAUGUGGGAACUGCAAUAACUGUGUUUUCCAUUAAAUACUGCCUACAGGAUUUCUACUUACCAUGACCCAAAAUAUUAUGUAAUUUGACAUCUGCUUUUAUUUCACACACAGUACUGUCUAUUGUUUAUUUUCCUUCCCAGAUCAAAUGGUUUAAUUUAGUGGUUCUCAACCAAAGACUUUGGCUCCUGCAAGGACUCAAGUGUAUUGUAUUUAUGAAAAUUAAAACAAGGUACAAAUAUCUUA